AUGUCCCCAGUGGAUUGGAAUACGAACCUGAAGAGUGGGAUUGGCCCGAAAGAUCAGCUAGAGACUGCCCAGAAAACCGAAGGCGACGUAUUCAUCGACUCUACCCAGUGGAUUGAUCUUCCGGUCGGUCACAACCUCGACGACCAUACAAACAUUCUCUUCGAGUACCCAGGCAUAGCCAACUACGACUUCAAUAGCACUUACGACAAUCCCAGUCCGGAUGACGCUGCAGCAUACCUAUCCCCAGACAUCAACCCCAUCUUCUGGGAUGCGGUCAAAGGAGAGGAUGGCAUCGAAAGAUGGUUUGAAUGGACGAGCUAUGUUGGCGGGCCGCAUAAAGGCAAGACAUACAAUACUUCUGGCAUGGCAGCUGCCCUUGGACUCGGCAAGACUUCGAGGGGUCGCGCCACAAUCAACUCGUCCCUCAUUAUGAACGUCAGUGUGUUUUCUUACUUCAAUGACGAAGGGAAUCUCGACUUUGAGACUGUUGUAGCCACAGUCAGUAGAGUUGUCAAGGCAAAUUCAUCCAUUCCUGGCGCUACAAUGAUCAACCCCGCCCCUAGUCAAGACGUGCGAGACUACGUCCAAAAGCAAGCUGGAAUUGUUAUUGCUGCCGAGAAGGUAGCCGAAGAGAUUAUCAAAUUGCAUGGAUAA